GGUCAGAGGGAGGUGUGUGUGUUACAUCAAACCAGAUAACGACAGCCGCUAUAUCUCCAUCACAUUGAGAAAUCAUAUAAAGCUUUAUUUUUAAAAUAUAUUUAUAUAUAUUUUAAGUCAGGGUCUAGUCGUUUUGUUUGUUUAUUAUAAAAAUGUUAUUUAAUGUAGUUAGUUGUGCAUUGCUGUGAACGUCUAUACAUUUUUGAAAAUUAUUAUUUGGUAAAUGUGAUCUGUCUUCAGAAGUGGAAAACAUGCGAAAGGACGUGAGGAUUUUGCUGGUUGGAGAACCUAAAGUUGGGAAAACAUCCCUGAUCAUGUCACUUGUCAGUGAGGAGUUCCCAGCUGUGGUUCCUUAUAGAGCUGAGGAGAUCACUAUACCAGCAGAUGUCACACCAGAGAGAGUCCCCACUCAUAUAGUGGACUAUUCAGAAGCUGAACAAACAGAUGAACAGCUGUUUCAAGAAAUAUCAAAGGCCAAUGUAAUAUGCAUAGUCUACUCUGUGAACAACCAGAAGUCUAUUGAGAAGGUCACAAGUCAUUGGAUUCCCCUGAUAAAUGAGAGGACAGACAAAGAUAGCAGGGUUCCUCUUAUUCUUGUGGGGAAUAAAUCUGACCUAGUUGAGCACAGCAGUAUGGAAACUGUCCUCCCCAUCAUGAACAAAUACACAGAGAUAGAGACAUGUGUAGAGUGUUCAGCCAAGAAUCUGAAGAACAUUUCAGAGUUGUUUUACUAUGCACAGAAGGCCGUCCUUCACCCUACAGGACCACUCUACUGCCCAGAGAAAAAAGAGAUGAGAACAGCCUGUGUUCUAGCGCUUACUCGAAUCUUUAAGGUGUCAGAUUCUGACAAUGAUGGAGUCCUAAACGAUAAUGAGCUGACCUUUUUUCAGACAUGUUUCAACACACCAUUAGCCCCACAGGCUCUGGAAGAUGUAAAAAAUGUUGUAAGAAAAAACAUUUCAGAUGGAGUGCAUGACAACGGACUCACACUAAAAGGUUUCCUCUUCCUGCACACUCUCUUCAUUCAGAGAGGAAGGCAUGAGACCACAUGGGCAGUGCUGCGGCGUUUUGGAUAUGAUGAUGAUCUUGAACUGCAUCAGGAUUACCUGUUUCCCCCGUUAAAAAUACCCCCAGACUCCACCACAGAGCUCAAUCACGAUGCUUAUCUGUUUCUCCAGAGUGUCUUUGACAAACAUGAUAAGGACAGAGAUGGUUCUUUGUCUCCUGGAGAGCUUAUUGACCUGUUUGAUGUUUUCCCUUACGUUCCCUGGGGACUGGAUGUGAACAGUACGGUCUGCACUAAUGACCAGGGCUGGAUCACAUACCAAGGCUAUCUCUCUCAGUGGACGUUAACGACUUACCUGGAUGUUCAGCGAUGUCUGGAGUAUCUCGGUUACCUAGGCUACUCUAUUAUUGCUGAGCAGGAGUCUCAGGCUUCUGCCAUAACAGUGACCCGUGAUAAGAAGCUUGACCUACAGAAGAAACAGACACAACGGAAUGUUUUUCGCUGUCAUGUGUUUGGAAUAACUGGAAGUGGCAAAACUGGCUUCCUGCAGGGCUUCCUUGGCAGAAAUCUUGUGCAUCAAAGGGCCAUAAGAGAGGAACAUAAAUCAUACUACGCAAUCAGCACUGCGCAUGUUUACGGACAGGAGAAGUACUUGUUGCUCCAUAAAGUCUUCCCAGAUUUUGAUUUCUUGUCUGAGAUGGAACUUACAUGUGACGUUGCGUGUCUGAUCUAUGAUGUCAGCAACCCCUGUUCUUUUGAGUACUGUGCACAAAUCUUUAAGCAAUACUUCAUGGACAGUAAGACUCCAUGUAUGUUGAUUGCUGCAAAGUCAGACCUGCCAGAGACAAAGCAGCAAUACGGUAUGACUCCACUUGAGUUCUGCCGCAAGCACAAGAUGCCACCGCCUCAGUCUUAUACCUGUAACACUGCUGGAGCUCCCAGCAAAGACAUCUUCAUCAAACUUGCCACCAUGGCUGUGUACCCCCAUGCACGUCUGCGCUGUAUGUGUACCUGUAAUAGGUGCACCUUCUGUCUGUGCCAGAACUUCCUCAACUCUGAGCUUGUGCAGACGGUUCGGACCAAACUCUACACUGUCAUCCUUAGCAGGCAUAUUAUCCAUGCUGAGCUGAAAAACUCUUCACUUUGGCUCAAAGCGAGCGUUGGAGCCACAAUUUGUGCUGUGCUUGGCUUUGCCAUAUACAGAACCCUCCUCAGAAACCGAUGAGCACAGUAAAAAUGACUUUACUGACAUCCUGUCGGCUCAUUUGCUGAGUGAACUGGUAGAAAUGGGAAUAUUACAUUUGUCAAAAGAUGCAUUAAGCUGUUAUAUAUCUACUUCAUUAUUGUAGUGUUUACAUUCCCAAGUCUUGAGAUUCUAUGAGACUGAAAGCUAGCAUGCUUUUAUGAUACAAAUAUGAUCCAAGCAAACUGUAAAUAUGUAAAUGAAAGAUAUUUAUUGUUACCAUGCGAGUAAAAACUGUCAUAUCUAAAGCAAAUAAAUGCAGCUCUUUGCCCUCA